GACCGCCAGCACAGCUGCCCCGCCCCCUUUGCACACUCACACAGCGCACACAUACACACACCCGGUGGAGCCGCUCCGCCUGUAACCGCUGCUGCAAAAGCGAAAGCAUGGCUUUGUCGGAAGCGGGGGCUGCAAGGGGGCUCCUUCGGUUGCCUCGGAUCGUGCUUUUCGGAGACUCCAUUACUGAGUUUUCCUUCCAAGAUAAGGGAUGGGGCGCGUCACUUGCUAAUAGAUUAGCUAGAAAAUGCGAUGUCUUGAAUCGUGGACUCUCUGGCUACAACACCAGGUGGGCUAAAAUUGUUCUUCCAAGAUUAAUCCACAAAGACCAUAAUGCUGGAAACAUCCUGGCAGUGACUGUUUUCUUUGGGGCAAAUGACAGCGCUUUGAAAGAUGAGAACCCGAGACAGCACGUUCCACUGGAGGAGUAUGCUGACAAUUUGAAAAGUAUGAUAGGCUACCUCAACUCUGUGGACAUUUCCAAACAGGACAUUAUAUUAGUGACUCCACCACCCCUUCAUGAAGCUAGUUGGGAAAAAGAGUGCAUGGCUAAAGGUGAAAAACUAAAUCGUCUAAAUUCUGUCACUGGGGAAUAUGCAAAGGCUUGUGUUAAAGUAGCUGAAGAAUGUGGCACUGAUGUCAUUGACCUGUGGACACUUAUGCAAAAAGGAAACCAGGACUUCGGCUGUUACCUGUCAGAUGGACUCCAUUUAUCAGAAAAAGGAAAUACUUUUCUAGCAAACCAACUUUGGACCCUCCUAGAAAAAAAAUUGUCAGCCCUUCCUCAGUUGCUUCCCUACUGGCGUGAUGUAGAUCAUCUCUAUCCUGAAGCUAGUCUCCUGGGCAUCCCCACUACUAAGAAGCAAUAAAAAGAAUAACAUCCGUGGGUUUUGUGGAUACAAAAUAAAAUUUCCUUUUUUCCAUGAUCCGCGAUACCAAUUCUUAAAAGAGUAUACUGAUAUGAACUUGCAUUCUCAAUUAUUAGGCCUUUCGAUAUUCAUGCAUAAUUGCUGACUCUUCUAAUUAUGUAACUAGUGACUGCCAUAGAUAGGACAAUUACCUGUUGAAAAUUAAAAUGCACAUGGUACGCGUAAGAAAAUUAUCAAUACGAGCAAGAAACAGACAAACCAAGCCUGAUGGAUCAGACAAUCCCAUAUUGCUACAAAACUUUAGACUAUAUUUCAGGCUCAGAACAGGGCUAGGUGUCUAACUUGGGUUAUUUGAUAGGAUCACCAGGUUUUGGAUAGCGUUUGGGGGGUUGCACUCCCAAAGACUAUUGGCUUAAGAAUUAAGACUAUUUUAGAAGGGAUCUUAAAGGGGGAGUGCUUGCCACACCCUCUGGAUUUUCCAAAACGCAAAGGG